AUGGCAACGAGGACAUGCAAGAGGAGGGAGUUUCUAUGCAUCCUGCCUGAUCGACCCAAUGUUCUCAGUCUAAGGAAACAGGUUAAAGGCGGGCACUACGAAGGAAUCCAACCACUGAUAGCCCAGGGAAAGCUGGUGGACGGGGGUGCUAUAUUUCAGCGGCAUCCCGAAGAAGGCAAAGAUGCGCAGUUUUUGGGCAGCGUGGUUGUCUAUGCAGCUGAAGAUGUCGAAGAGGUCCGGGAGAUCAUCAGUAAGGACAUAUAUGCCACAGGUGGGGUAUGGGAUCUUGAAAAGGUUCAAAUAUUCCCUUACGUGCCUGCCCUUCGGCAGCCUCUUCCUUAG